AUGCCGACUUCGGAGACGAAAGAGGUUCCUGUUGAAAUGUUCAGGGACCGCGCAACAUUCUCUUGUGCACAUUGCUCCGCUGUGAUAGCAUUGCAGGAUGAACUGAUUAGCAAGUCCUUCUCCGGCCGAGACGGACGAGGCUAUCUCAUGCAUUCGGCGGUGAACGUCAGGAUGGGCAAGAAGGAGGACCGAUCGCUCCUAACUGGUGUGCAUACCGUCGCGGAUCUAUUCUGCGUGGGGUGUAACGACCGUGUUGGCUGGUACUACUACAAAGCCUCAGACCAUUCUCAGAAAUAUAAGGAAGGUAAAUACCUACUUGAGCGAGAGAGGCUGAUCAAAGAGAACAAGUGGACUUUAGAUGAUUAA